AUGAAUGAAUCUCAACGUAUUGCCAAGCGGCACCGCCGUACGCGAAAGGAUCACGCCAGUGAAACUGCGGAAGAUUACGUUGAAGCCGUUUCUGAAAUCAUCGAAGAAGAGGGAGCAUGUCGAGUUGUUGAUCUAGCGAAGCGAUUUGAUGUCUCACAUGUGACCGUGACCCGUAUUAUCAGCCGAUUGCAGAAAGAGGGUUAUGUUACUACCGAACCUUAUCGACCAAUUGAACUCACUGAUGCAGGUCGCAAACUAGCCAAGGACUCAAAAGCUCGGCACGAAAUCGUAUUCAAAUUCCUGGUUUCACUAGGUGUUCCUCGCGAGAUCGCUGAAAUUGACGCGGAAGGACUGGAACACCACGUCAGUGAUCAAACACUUCAGGUCUUUCAAGACUUCUUAAAAGGCGAAACGAUCAAGGGAACGCUCGACUAA